CCCCGCCCCUGGCGGUUGUCCCCGGGACGCCUGGGUCCGAGCUCCUUCCCCGUUGGGCGCGGAGCUGGCAUCCCGGAGCAGCCGGAGGCUCGGGCGCCGGAGCCCAGCCGAGGAGCUCCGGAAGGCGCCGGGGUGGCGGAGCCAGAGGUGGCCGGGUGGCGUGCAGGCGAUGGAGCGCACAGUGGAGCCCUGGGGCCCGGAUCUGCAUGGCCCAGAGGACAGGGAGCCACUGAGAGGCGCCCGCACAGGUCUAGGCAGUGAGAAUGCGCAGCUGUCUCAGCCAGAUGAGUUUGAACAUACCCCACAAGAGGAUGACUUGGGGUUCAAGGAAGAGGAAGAUUUGGCCCCAGAUCAUGAAGUAGGAAAUGCGUCUCUCAAACCCGAAGGCAUCAAGACCUGGGAUGACUUAUGGAUCCAGAGAGAGGGACCAGGAAAACCACAUACUCGGGACAGAAGCCCUCGGCUCCUGGGAGAACCACGUUGGGGCCAGACUAGUGAUCGGGCUGCAGUGUGUGGCGAGUGUGGCAAGAGCUUUGGGCAGAUGUCAGAUCUGGUGAAACACCAGCGGACCCACACAGGGGAGAAACCCUACAAGUGCGGAGUCUGUGGCAAGGGCUUUGGGGAUAGCUCUGCCCGAAUCAAACACCAGCGAACUCAUAGUGGUGAAAAGCCCUACAGAGCCCGACCACCAGCCCAAGGUCCCCCAAAGAUUCCUCGGUCCAGGAUCCCUGCUGGUGAGCGCCCCACUAUCUGUGGUGAAUGUGGCAAGAGCUUCCGGCAGAGUUCUGACCUGGUAAAACACCAGCGGACACAUACGGGAGAGAAGCCCUACAAGUGUGGCAUCUGUGGCAAGGGCUUUGGUGAUAGUUCUGCCCGAAUAAAGCACCAGCGGACACACCGUGGGGAGCAGCCCUCUCGGCCAGUGGUGCCCCGACAGCAGCCGUCUCGAACAGCCACUGCUACCACACAGGGACCCAAGGCCCAGGACAAGCCAUAUAUCUGUACUGACUGUGGCAAAAGAUUUGUGCUCAGUUGUAGUCUUCUGAGCCACCAGCGCAGUCAUCUGGGGCCCAAGCCUUUUGGCUGUGAUGUAUGUGGAAAGGAGUUUGCCCGGGGCUCAGACCUGGUGAAGCACCUGCGGGUGCACACAGGAGAGAAGCCUUACCUCUGCCCUGAGUGUGGAAAGGGCUUUGCUGACAGCUCCGCCAGGGUAAAGCACCUCCGUACCCAUAGUGGCGAGAGGCCUCAUGCCUGCCCGGAAUGUGACCGCACCUUCAGCCUCAGCUCCACCCUUCUCCGCCACCGCCUCACUCAUAUGGAGCCCCAGGACUUCAGCCUCCCAGGCUAUCCCCUGGCUCCCCUAAUCCCUACCCCACCCCCAAGCUCAAGUCCACCUCCUCCCCCUCUUGGCACCAGUCCCCCGCUGACGCCUCGAAGCCCUUCACACUCGGGUGAUGGGCCUUUUGGCCUUCCCGGCUUGGAGCCAGAGCCAGGGGGUCCACAGGCUGGGGAGCCACCCCCACCACUGGCAGGUGACAAGCCCCAUAAGUGCCCUGAGUGUGGCAAGGGCUUCCGCCGAAGCUCGGACCUGGUGAAACACCAUCGUGUGCACACAGGGGAAAAACCCUACCUCUGCCCUGAAUGCGGCAAGGGUUUUGCUGAUAGCUCAGCCCGAGUCAAGCACCUCCGUACCCAUCGCGGUGAACGGGCUCGGCCACCACCACCAUCCACUCUUCUGAAGCCACAUAACCCCCCCGGCCCAGCAACCAUGGCCCCCCAAGUUCGAGUUCAGGCCCAACCCUCUGGACCCAGCCAGCCCCAUGUAUGUGGCUUUUGUGGGAAGGAGUUUCCCCGGAGCUCAGAUCUAGUCAAACAUAGGCGCACACACACUGGGGAGAAGCCAUACAAGUGUGCAGAGUGUGGCAAGGGAUUUGGUGACAGUUCUGCCCGUAUCAAGCACCAGCGUGGGCACCUGGGCCUGAGGCCCUUUGGGAUGGGGGAUGGUCGGGCAAGGCCUCUCAAGGAGGAGCCGCCAGCAGGACUGGAAUGAUGGGUCCAGUGAGAGUGGAGGCCCAGGAGACCAAAGGGAGGGUAUCUGCUGCUUAAGCAGAGAAGAAAGGGCCUGGGAGUAGUGGGAGGGUGAAAGGGGAAGAAAUGGGAGAAAGGAGUGAAUAGAUAGAAAAGAGAUGGGAGACAAUGACCUUGAAGCUCAGGAAACUGUCCUGGUUGGGCUCAGUCAGGACCUUGCCAAUGUGGUCUAUCUCCCCCAGCUUCUAGAACACUGCCUAGUACACAGACACUCAACUUGUUGGAUGAAUAAAUUGGCUUUAGCCUGAGGGCCCUUGAAGAACCCUAAAUUCCUGCUGCCACUUACUGUGUUAAGAACUGGUUCCAUCUUGCUCUGGGAGACCACCCUGAACAGGGUUUGUUUAACCUUGUGUGCUGCCAACAAUGAGAUUUCUGGAAUUCAGGGUGACGGAAUGAGAUGGGGACAUUUGGAUAAUCCUUAUGGUGGGAAGAGUAUUACUCUGGCAGGCAGCACUCAGCCUCAGGCCACUGGUCAUGGUCUUAGGAAGGGCCCUCUUGCACAGAACCCAGACCUAUCUGCCCUGGAGAGCCCCAAACCACCCUGACACCUGGACACUGGAAGAAUAAACCAGAGACAGCAGAAGGAGCACUGAAUACCAAGCCUAGCUCCUGGUGCACAUCAACAGAGAGCCUGGCUGCGAAAAGGGCCGGACUGGAGUGAGGCCAGGGGGCGCUCCAAGGACCAACAGCCACGUCUCCAUGUAUCUCCUCGCCAAUAAACUGCUUCUUGUGUGAGGCUUGGACUCUGUGUGCGUUGAUGUGAGCGUGCAUUCGCGUGGUGAGGAGGGCAAAAGGUGUCAAAGUGUCACCUCAGGUGAAACUGACAAACCAUGUGAAAACUUGCGUGGGUCCCUUGCCCUCUGAACCCAUCAAAUAACGAAGAUGGCUUGGCAUAAUCGGCUGCUUUCUAGCUCCAACAUCUGGUUGAAAACGGCCACCAAGUCUGUCAGCUGAUAGUAUAGACCAGAGUUCUGACUGCCCACAGG